AUGAAGCCCUUCAGCACUCCCGUGUUGUCGAAGCGCACAUAUCGUGAGCUCAAGCUGCUCAAGCACUUGAAGCAUGAGAAUGUCAUUGGACUUCAGGACGUCUUCAUCUCACCACUGGAGGAUCUGUACCUCGUCACUGAGUUGCUCGGCACCGAUCUACACCGACUCCUCACCUCCCGACCACUAGAGAAGCAAUUCAUCCAGUAUUUCCUCUACCAGAUUUUGCGCGGCCUGAAAUAUGUACACUCCGCCGGCGUCGUCCACCGCGACCUCAAACCCUCCAACAUCCUCAUCAACGAGAACUGCGACCUCAAGAUCUGCGACUUCGGCUUGGCACGUAUACAAGACCCACAGAUGACUGGCUACGUGUCGACCCGCUACUACCGUGCCCCCGAGAUCAUGCUUACAUGGCAAAAGUACGACAUUGAGGUGGACAUCUGGAGUGCCGGCUGCAUCUUCGCGGAGAUGCUGGAAGGCAAGCCCUUGUUCCCAGGCAAGGAUCACGUCAACCAGUUCUCCAUCAUCACAGAAUUGCUGGGAACGCCUCCGGAUGACGUUAUCAGCGGUAUCUGCAGCGAGAACACCUUGAGAUUUGUGCAGAGUCUGCCAAAGAGGGAGAGGGUGCCGCUCAAGAACAAGUUCAAGACUGCUGAUCCUCAGGCCAUCGAACUCUUGGAGAGGAUGUUAGUAUUCGACCCGCGGAAACGUAUAAAGGCUGGUGGGGCGCUUGAGGACCCAUAUCUUGCGCCCUACCACGAUCCCACGGAUGAGCCGGAGGCGGAGGAGAAGUUCGAUUGGAGCUUUAGUGAUGCCGACCUGCCUGUGGACACAUGGAAGAUUAUGAUGUACUCCGAGAUCCUCGACUACCACAACGUCGACUCUGCUCAAGCCGAAUCCGCUGCCGAAGCACAAGCCGCUGUCCACGAUGGUCAGGUCGAAGCAUAG